AUGUAUUCAAGAGCUCCACGUCAGUUUCUACCAACAGCAACACUCCAAAAUCCAUCUCUCUCCCCAGGAUGUUACGAAACAGACAGACAGCUCCCACCAGGCAAAUUACUUGGAUGUGAUGGAUAUGCACCAUUCUUGUCAUUAACGCCACGUCAAGAAGUCUUUCUGCCUCAACCAGCCGAAAAUCCGCCACCAUGCACGUAUUCUUUGAACCCAGCACAUGGACCAACAAAAGUUGUCCAAUUCGGCAAAUCGCAGGCAGAACGAUUCCAAACUAGAGACUCGAAUGUACCUGGACCUGGAUACUAUCGGGUCGAGUCUGAUACGAGACGCAUGUCAAGUAGAGCGGCAGCAUUCAACGCCAAAAUACAAUCGUCACAACCUCCCAAGGUUGUUUGGCAGAGGAAGUUCGUGCCUCCUAGUAUCCCUGUUGGAGAGAUGGCCCAUGGAUAUGAUGAAACGAAUAAUGGUGAACUGUUGCCUCGCAAAGUUCCAAAAGAAGGCAAUAAGCCUGGAGAGACUACCGACAAAGAAACCAUCAUCCCCUCAACACUAUCAACAAAGGGUGUUCGUUUCGGCAAAGGCCCUCGAACAUCAUUGAUCCGACAAUCUGAUCUCGCAACACCAUCUCCGACACAAUAUGAUGUAGCAGCUGCAGAACGGGCACUACGAAGUACUCAUGUGCAUACAGUGCCACCACCAGCAGCUUCAGAAUGUAGGAGAAUGAUGGAGAAUAUUGUUGCUACCGCUGUCAAGCAAGCUACGCCAGCUCCAGGUGCUUAUGAGAUCAAGGUCGGGGCAUUGAAGGAAGUUAAGAGGAGGAGACCUUUUAUGCAUUCAGUCUCAGAUACUGGAUUACGAUACUUGAAUCAAGAACAACUACAUACGCCCAGUCCUGCGGCGUACAAUGUUGCUCAUCCAGCAGCAGUCAAGAGAUUGAAACCAAAAACAGCAAGCUUUGGCUCAAAAUCAAAGCGAUUCGAAUCAGCAGACGAACUACGGGCUGCUACAGCACCAGCACCCGGCCAAUACGAAAUCGAAAUCCAAGCUAAAAUGUCUCAGACAGCACACUUACGACCAUUCUGUGCAUCAAGUGAGAGAUUUAAGCCUCGAAAGAUUGCUCCAUCACCAGCACCAAACUCAUACAACCCAAUACCAGUUCAAAGGUCAGCAUUUGAUCCUGAACUACCUGAAGAAAUCACUGCCCCACGAUUCAUUCGAACGCAUUACGCAUAUGUUACAGCUAGCGGUGCAGUGGCUGUUGAUCCAUACCAGCUAGCCCAUAUUCCAGUGUUUGGAACACAGACAGAACGGUUUGAAGGAGAUCAAAAGCAUCAUGAUCUUCCACCACCAGGCUCAUACGACGUUGCAGAAGCAUUCGAGAAACUGCAAAAGGGAGGCCGGAUGGCACCGCACAUUUCAAGUGGAGCUGCCAAAGGCGAAUUGUUUGCAGUCAAGGAAGAAUUCCCAAGUCCAAAUCAGUACGAUGUUGCUCACUCAAACAAGAUGGGCAAUGGGGCUUUUGUUUCCACAGAGAAACGAUUCCUAGAAGACAACAAGACAUCAGAAAUCCCAGGACCAGGUGCCUAUGUGGCCAUAUCAGAGGAAACAUUGAUACGCAAGACGUUCAACGUCACUCUCGGGCAUGGUGUCGCGAAAGGCAAGGAACUAGUAACAGCAACAGCAGACCAAAAGCCUUCGUCCAAACAACAGCACACCCAACCAAAGACAUCCAAGGGAGCAACACCAAGCCUGCCAGGAAUGGAGCCUUUGAUAGCUGUCAUGAGGGCACCACAUACUGUAUCCACUUAA